AUGGCCGAGUCAGACCCAGCGACACAACCUUUGCCAACUUCUAACACUCGACUAAAUAAUGAAACCCCACCAGAGUGGGUAACUAUAACACAGGGACACCUGGGGGAGAUAUCAGAAUCUCUCGUAGAACUGAAGCUCCUUUAUCACCGUGAGAUGGACGAAAUUGAUGUAUGUCUGAGAGAACAUAUGUUGAAGGACCUGCAGGUGCUGGCAAAACAUGUAUCACAUUUUAUGCUGUUUGGAAAGCCAGAAAAAAUCGUUGGAUUGUCCUUUACAUUCCUAAAUAUGAAAGCAUAUUCUGACGUUUGCAUUCACUACACAAUUCACAUCCUGAGUUUAAUUUCUUUCUUGGAGUUGGCUGAGUUGCUCAGAGUUUAUUAUGUGGAUAAAUUCAAAAACAUCACAUACACAGACUAUCAGGCAGGAUCAAAGCAAAAUAAAAUGCUCCAAAUGCUGCUGGAAUAUGCCCCAUCAGUCAAUGUGACUCAUCCUGGACAUUUCUUUGCUUUUGAUGAGGCAUUGGAGAGGUUGAGAGGAAAGCUAGGAAGUGUCAAGAAAAGAAGUGAUGUUGAUCUACUUAUGAAUGUCUUCAGCUCUGACAAUCUGUCAGAAACUCUCACAGGAGCUACAGAGGGUAAUCCAACAGGCUAUGAAAAAUUAUUUUUUGCUAUUGCUAUGACAAAGGGAUAA